AUGAGUUACAUUGACAAGCCACGAUUCCACAAGCCCGCGCAUCCUGCGCGCAGAAAGCCACCGCCUGCUGACCCGCUCCUGGAGCCGUACACGGCCCACCGCCUGCCGCUGCUCCAGGCUGCGUGUGUGCCAGCCAAUGCACCGCCGCUGCAGUCGCACGCUCAGGCCGGCAUAGAGAUGCAGAGAGCUGCUGCUGCCGACGAUGAUGAGCGUGUACGGCAGCAAGAGGCGCAGCGUGCCAUGCUUGUGCAGGCAAAGCAGGAGCUGCGACACGUCCUCCCCCUCCUCGGUGUCCGCUGCGCUGCGACGCAGUGCAGCGCUUUGGCUCGGCAUCCCGCGGUGCAGGCGCACGUGUUUCGCUCGAAGCGCACCAAGCACAUAUGCCCGGACCCCGAGGGCGAUGCGACGGCGCGUGUGCUUCAGCUGGGCCUCGAAGACGAGGCGGCCCUCUCGGACGAGACGCGCGCAGCCAUUGCCGAAUACGGUGGGCAUGUUCUAGCACACCCCGUGGUCCUCGACUGGGAUUAUUGGUCCGUCGAUCAGAUCCUGCGCGCAAUCCUCCCCUUGGAACUCGAAGAAGGCGCGCCGUCGGCCUUCUCGAUGGUGGGGCACAUUGCGCACGUAAAUCUGCGGGAAGAGUACCUGGCCUAUCGCUACCUCAUCGGAGAGCUUAUCCUUGAAAAGACGCCGCGUGUCGAAACGGUCGUGAACAAACUCGACACCAUCGAUACCGAGUUCCGUGUUUUCGCCAUGGAGCUGCUCGCAGGCGAGCCGCGGUAUGAGGCGCAGGUAUCCGAGUCGAAUUGCCUAUUUACGCUGGACUUUCGACAUGUCUACUGGAAUAGCCGGCUGCACACCGAGCACGCGCGCCUCAUCAGCCAGUUCCAGCCCUUCCAAGUCGUGGCGGAUGUCAUGGCAGGUGUAGGGCCUUUUGCUGUGCCGGCCGCCAAGAAGGGUGUGUGGGUGCUCGCGAACGACUUGAACCCCGAGUGCCAUGCGAGUAUGCAGCACAAUAUCGCGCAGAACAAGGUCAACGCCCACUGCCUCGCGUUCUGUGAGGACGGUCGCACGUUCAUCCGCGCGAGUGCGGUGCGCGCAUGGGACGCCGCGUUCCCUGCUCACGACGACAGCCUCGUGAGCGAGCGCCAGAAGCGCAAGGAGCGCCGCCGCCACCGCGAGGCGGACACGGCCGAGCCAGGCCCUGCCCCGGCGCCGCCGCACCGCCUCAUUGACCAUUUCGUGAUGAACCUCCCAGCCACGGCGCUCGAGUUUCUCGAUGCGUACCGCGGCCUGUACACACGCUUAGCCGCGCAUGUGGGCCACGAGGCACUGCGGGCGGAGCUGGAUGCGCGCCGCAACGUGCCUGGUCUGGAGCCAUGGCCCAUGGUGCAUGUGCACUGCUUCACCAAGGAGGUCGCUCAUGCUGGCGAGGAUAUUUGCAAGCGUGCGAGUGAAGCCCUCGGACUCGACGAAGCACACCGCCUGCACCCCCCCGGCACGCCCGAUGCGACGCCGGACUUGUCGCUGCACCUGGUCCGCUCCGUGGCGCCCAACAAAGACAUGUACUGCCUAAGCGUCCGGCUGCCCGAGUCGGUCCUCUUCGACGAAAGGGUAUGA